UAGUACGUAACGUAACGUACUACCCACACAACACACACCACACCACUGAUGACUGCUGACCCCGCGCGAAGAAAUAGACGCAGCUCUCGGAGGAAAGCAAAGAAACCCAACGCCGAAAGCAACCGCCGCGCUGGUCUAUCGCCUCGCCUCGCGCGCGACGGCGUGACGAGCCAGCCACGAACAACAAAGCCCCAGCCAUCCUGAUCCGCCCGCCCUUUAAAUCGCCCGAGGAGGCGACGAGCUGACUCUCUCUCUCCCCAGACGAGCGACGCCAGGGCGCGCGGAGAGCAAGUGUAGCCGGAGCCCAAGCAGCAGAGACCCGAGCGGGGGGCCGCGGCGGCGGCGCAGGCGCUUACAUGGGAGUAGAGGCGGCCGGGUGCGGGCGGAGGGCGGUCGUCACCGGGUUCUACGUCUGGGGCUGGGAGUUCCUCACCGCCCUCCUGCUUUUCUCGGCCGCCGCCUUCGCCGCCGCAGCCUCCUCCUCCUCCUCCUCCUCCUAGCUUUAGCUUGCUGCUACCUUCUUUAGAUAGCUCAGCCGUACACACAACCCACCAGUGAUCAUUCAUCAGUUACUAGUUACUAGUAGGCUAGACAACACAUACUAUAUAUAUAUACUAGCUUGUGAGUCCGUGUAAUUAAGCAACCAGUCGCCGAGAGAUGGAAGAAGCCGGCGUGGCCGUGGUGGCGUCGAAGCAGAGCGGCGGCGGGGUCAGGGGAGGCGGCGGGCCGGCGCCGUUCCUGACCAAGACGCACCAGAUGGUGGAGGAGCGGGCGACGGACGAGGUGAUCUCGUGGGCGGAGCAGGGCCGGUCCUUCGUGGUGUGGAAGCCCGUGGAGCUGGCGCGCGACCUCCUCCCGCUCCACUUCAAGCACUGCAACUUCUCCUCCUUCGUCCGACAGCUCAACACCUACGGUUUCCGGAAGGUGGUGCCGGACCGGUGGGAGUUCGCGAACGACAACUUCCGUCGAGGCGAGCAAGGCCUCCUGUCGGGCAUCCGUCGCCGCAAGCCAACCACGCCGCAGUCAUCCAACAAGUCCGGCGGCAGCGGCGGCGUGAACGUGGCGUUCCCUCCGCCGUUACCCCCUCCCCCGGCGCCUCCCGCGUCGGGCACCACGUCUGGUGGUGGCGGCAACGAGCGCAGCUCCUCGUCGGCGUCGUCGCCGCCACGGGCCGACCAGCUGACCAGCGAGAACGAGCAGCUCAAGAAGGACAACCACACGCUGUCCACCGAGCUGGCGCAGGCGCGCCGGCACUGCGAGGAGCUCCUGGGAUUCCUCUCGCGCUUCCUCGACGUCCGGCAGCUCGACCUUGGCCUGCUCAUGCAGGGAGAGGAAGACGUGCGAGCGGCGGGGGCCGCCGGUGACGGCGCACUACAGGCACAGCGCCGCGCCGUGGUCAACCACCAGCUGGAGCGCGGCCGCGGCGGCGAGGAGGGGAAGAGCGUGAAGCUGUUCGGCGUACUCCUCAAGGACGCCGCCGCAAGGAAGAGGGGACGGUGCGAGGAGGCGGUGGCGAGCGAGCGGCCCAUCAAGAUGAUCAGGGUCGGCGAGCCGUGGGUCGGCGUGCCGUCGUCGGGCCCGGGGCGGUGCGGCGGCGAGAAUUAAGGUAAUGGUUGGAACUGAUCAAUGCGCCAUCGCUGGCCGUGACAUGCAUGCUUUUGUGCGUGUUUGCAUUUAUCGUCCAAGGAGGUGAGGUUGAUGGCAAGGAUAAUUCCAUCGAUCAAGCAAGUAGCCGAAGCCAGUGCUGUGGUAAAACUGUGAAGACAGAACACAGGACGCAGGAGAUAGGCGUAACGCAUGUUAAAAAUUAAUUAUGGGGGUGCUUUGGAGGUAGGAAGAUUAAAAGUAGAGUUGAGUAAAACGGGCUAGAAGGAGCCCAUGUGUUCAGAAUGGAACAUAACCGUUUUCCAAGUGUUUUUUUAUAAGAACUUGUAUGCUGUUUGCAUCUCCGGUUGAUUCUGGUGACAGAAAAAUGAAAGGGUGUGUUACUUUUACCACCCUAGCUAUUUUAA